CGAACUAAACAAAGUAUUCAGCAUACAAAUGACAUUGCAAAUGGCAUCUUAUUUUAUGACUUUCGUUGAAUUGUGUUGCGAGAUUUACACAUUGUGUAUAAUCAAUAAUGAAAAUACAAUUCAAAAUUUUUUUUAUACAAUAUUAACUUAUAUCUGGAUCAUUGUAUAUAGUGCGAAACUUCUUGUAUUAAACCAUAUCUGUCAAAUUAUUUGCGAUAAGGCAAACGAGACAGUAGCGAUUCUUUAUAAAUUGUCCAACGACAAUUCGGAUAAAGACUUUCGGGAGCAGAUUCUACAAUUUAUAUUACAAAUAAAACGGAGGGAAGUAAAAUUUUAUGGUAUGGGACUUUUCUAUUUCGGUUACGAUUUCGUACGUAAGUUUUACACGACAGCCGCAGCCGUAUUGGUGAUUAUAAUACAAAUGCAUAUAACUUCUGGUUACAUAUUAAUAUGA